AUGUUUAGUAGAGUCAUUGCCAAGAGGGCAGCUGGUGUCAGAUUAUCUACCAGAUCGUUACAUCGUGUUCCCAAGCUCGAACAACACCACCAGUGGAGCCAAGAAGGUAUUUCUGGCGUUUAUUCUCCAGAACAAUUCAAAAUGGCCUGGACCGACUAUCAACACUAUUUAUUAACCAAUUUGACCUUGUUAACCAAUGGGACUGCCUAUGAAAACAAACACCCAUACCAAAUCAUCCUACAAAGCGCCAAGAACACCACUGACCAGCAUAUAUUCCACUAUGCUUCCCAAGCCCAUAACAACCAUCUUUUUUUCCAACAAUUAACCAGUAAAGACCAAGCCCAAGAAACUAGACCUUCCAAGUUCUUGAUGCAAAGAUUGGUCCAACAAGAUAUCGCUGACGUUGCCACUUUACGUUCUAAGAUUGUUGAGCUUGGAUCAAGCACUUUUGGCCAAGGGUGGUUGUUCUUGGUUGAAUACCCAGACAAGCAAAUCAAGUUGAUGAGGACGAACAAUGAUGGUACCCCAUACUACUAUGGUAAGUCACAAGUGUUGGAUUUGAAUGGAGGUGUUGAUGAAACGAGUUAUAAGUUUGUGGAAAACUUGAAACAAAGGGCGGCCAACGGUGAACGUGAAUAUACCUUACCUUUGUUGAGUAUUAAUUUGUGGGAUCACGCUUAUAUUCGUGACUAUGGUGUUAACGGGAGAGAAAAAUAUUUAGAAAAUGUGUUUGAUUGCAUAGAUUGGAACGUUAUCAAUAAGAGACUUUUCCUUGUAUAA